GUGAGACACACACGUAUCCUCUGUACAGUCUCAGUGUUCAGCUUCAUCAUGGCCGGACGUCUGCUGUUUGUCUUCUUCAUGUAUGUCUUUAAUGGGAUUCAAACAGAAGCUCGUCUUCCACCUAAACUUACAGUGAAUUCAGCGGUGAUCAAAGAGACAGACUCGGUCACACUGAAGUGUCAGACUCCAUCAUCAGUGUCUCAGUGUUAUUACCAAACUUUAAGUGGAGGAACUGUGAGGACAUUAUCCUGUCUGCAGACACUGACAGGAAGUGAGCUGCUGAGGAUGGAUCAUCAGAGUUCACCUGCUGAGGUCAAAGUGAAAUGUUUUUACAUUGUUCAGAAUGGAGACAGAAAUGCUCGAUCUCCAGAAAGUGAAUAUUCCUCUGUCUCUGUUCAAAGUGAGACAAACCCAAACAAGGAGAGUCUCAGCACUUUGACAACCUCAGUUUCUAUUGUAACUUCACCUGCUGAUCAAGGUUGGACUAUGGGCACAAGUAUAAAUGGUGGUUCCACUGUUACCUCCCAAACACCAGGGACACCAGAAUCAGAGAAGAUCAUGUGGGUGAUCGCAGCAGCUGUGACGGGGGGUGUCCUCCUGCUGGGAUUGGCCCUUCUCUUUGCUCAGAGCAGAAUUGAUAAAUGUGAUUCCAAAAGAACAAAAGCAAACAUCGCAGGUAAAUCCAAAGAUGAUCAGAAAUAUAUG